AUGCGCGAUGAGAAGCUGCAGCGGUACCUAGCGGAGCACUACUACUCGGGGCCCAAGUCGGAGGCUGUGCUCGCGCGAUACGGCGAUGGGAAGAAGAAGAAGAAGAAGAAGCAUGCGCAGACUGACGCGCCGGCCGUGGCGGAGGCCGUGACCAUCCGCGACCCGUCGCCGUUCGGCCCGGCGGACGACGCCGAGGACGAAGAGGCGCCCAUCCCAGCUGCACCUGUGCAGACAGAGUCGGCGCCUCCGUCCUCCAAGAGCCAGCAGGCGGGAUGGACAUCGGUGCGGGCCGCGCAGCCGCCCGAGGCACCAGCACCGCCCCCCGAGGCGCCUGCGCCCCCGGCCAAGCCCAAGGUGGGGCUCAUGACGCGCGAGCAGCUGAAAGCGCAGCGCGAGGCUCGCGAGGCUGCGGAACGCGCGGCUGCCGAGGCAGAGGCCCCCGCGGACCCUUCGCCCCCCCCGGCCGAGACCGUGUACCGCGACGCACAGGGGCGCCGUAUCAACCUCGAGGAAGAGGAGGCGCGUUUGCAAGAAGAAGCGCGGGAGCGAGAGCGGCUGGACAGGGAGCGCACGCAGUGGAACCGCGGUCUCGUGCAGCGACGCGCCGAGGCGGAGCAGCGUGCGGAGCUCGCGGCCGUCCAGGGCGAGCGUGUGACCAAGUAUGCGGACGAUGCACGCUGGAACGAGUCUCUGCGUGGCCAUGAGCACUGGGAUGAUCCCGCCCGUGCAUUCCUUACGAAGCGUGCCAGUCGGCGUGUGACGCGGCCGCGGUACGAGGGCCCGGCGCCGCCGCCGAAUCGGUUCGGCAUCCAGCCGGGCUACCGGUGGGACGGCGUCGACCGGAGCAACGGCUUUGAGCGCAAACUCCUUGUAUCUAUCAAUAAUACCCAGCGCAUCCAGUCGGAACACCACGGUGCGUGCCUGCCCUACUCACGCCGCAGCAUGGUCCGCCGAGGAUAUGUAGUGCCUCCACAUACACCUCUUUCGUCGACGGGCGCCGCAGGCCGAUGA